ACUAACCCAGUUCCGCUCUCCCGCUCUCUCCUAUAUUAGUCCAGCUUCUGGUAUUGUUGCUUCCACUAGCUUAGAUUGCUUGAGUGAUGCCCCACACCGACCUAAGAACAAAAGUUGUCCUUUUGUCUCCAAAUCAAGACUAGUUAAGCACCGGCAGUACGUCGACCAACAAGAACAAUCUCAUCGAGAGCUAGCAAGACACCAAGAAGGAGCACAAUAAUGGCGAGUGAAGCCAUGCCCAACCCUUUCGCUCCUCUCACCAACCAGCCGCAGCAGCAGCCGCCGUCCCAUGAACACCCUGCCGCUCCUCCCCCGAAGAAGAAGCGCAAUCUCCCCGGCACACCAGACCCAGACGCGGAGGUGAUCGCGCUGUCGCCGCGGACGCUGAUGGCGACGAACCGCUUCGUGUGUGAGAUCUGCGGCAAGGGGUUCCAGCGUGACCAGAACCUGCAGCUGCACCGGCGCGGCCACAACCUCCCCUGGAAGCUGCGGCAGCGGAGCGGCAAGGAGCCGCGGAAGCGCGUCUACGUCUGCCCCGAGAAGAGCUGCGUCCACCACAACCCGUCCCGCGCGCUGGGCGACCUCACCGGGAUCAAGAAGCACUUCUGCCGCAAGCACGGCGAGAAGAAGUGGAAGUGCGACAAGUGCGCCAAGCGCUACGCCGUCCAGUCCGACUGGAAGGCCCACUCCAAGACCUGCGGCACGCGCGAGUACCGCUGCGACUGCGGCACCCUCUUCUCCAGGCGGGACAGCUUCAUCACGCACCGCGCCUUCUGCGACGCGCUCGCCGAGGAGACGGCCAGGCUCACGGCCGCCACUUCGGGCGCCGCGGUGGCGGCCGUGCCGUCCAUGUGCGGCGGCGGGCAGGGAUACCUCUUCGCCAGGCCGAACAGCAUGAUGCUCCAGCCGCCGGUCGCCCCGCACCUCAAGCCUGCUGCGGGAGGGCAGAUGCUCGGCCACGCGGCGGGCGCCAUCGGGGACUCGCUCUGCGACGGCGCCGUGGCGAGGCAAGGAGGGCUCUCGCUGUGGGGCAGCGACAACACGCUGCCGUCCUCCAUGGGCCACCACAUUGGAGGUCUCAUGUCGUCCGGUGGUGGCGGCGCGCCAAUGCCAAUGCAGAUGUACGCGGAUCUCUUCGCGCCGAGCUCCGGUGCGCCGCCUCAGUUCGACAUGGCGCAGCUGAGCUGGCUGUACGGGAACAACGGCGGCAACGGGAAGCUCUCGUCAUCUAACGCCAGCGAGCUGACGACUAACUCCUCCAGAGAGGCGGACAGCGCGCCGUCCGUGUUCAGCGGCCAGCAGCACGCGAAGCCGGCCGCGGCGCCCACCGACAUGUCGGCGACGGCCCUGCUGCAGAGAGCCGCGCAGAUCGGCUCCGUCACGUCCUCCAACACCUCGAUGCCGCUCGCGGGGACCUUCGAGCAGGCGCCCAACUCCGCCGGGCGGAUCGACGAGCGCAGCAAGUUCGACGACAGAGCUCUUUUCGGCACGAGCCAGCACCAGCAUAAUGCUAACGUCCCGAGCGCAAUGAGCGAGCUCACUGCGGCCACCGGGAACGUGCCGUACGACGUGUUCUCCGCGGCGCGCCACGCCGGCCUCAAGGAUGCCGUCGGGAGGGAGGAGACCAGGGACUUCCUGGGCGUCGGCAUGCAAGCACUCUGCUCAUCAUCGAUACAUGGGUGGAUUUAGUUUAAGGUGGCAUGCAUGUUAAUCAUGUAACCGUGGUGAUACGAGGAGUAGUGUUUAAUUCAUCCGCGGCCAUGUAAGCACGAACCAUGCAUGCAUGCUCAUAUGCAACUUUACAAAAUACCACAAGGCAUCAUUCCGUUUCAAUUGGUUUACUCAGCUCAGCUGUCAU